AACAAUUUUCCCAUGAGUCCGUAGGAUCAGCCUCGUCUCUGAUCUUGCUUAUGAUUGCAGGCAGGUCUCGAUAUCCCGACCAAUUGCCAUCAUUUUAGAUGCGUCGAAAUUCUGUGUGAUAGGAGGUGGCGAACGGUUCUCAUCUUCUGCCGGCAGCAGCAAACCCGUCGACUCAACCAUCCUCAUGCCUUCCAUAUGCGACCGCAACAUCACCAAAGAAGUCAUCACUCAACUCGAGCAUGCGCCCCAACCGCCCAAAAGCCAGCUCCUAGAGGUCCGUUUCGGCGCAGUGAAAGAUCUCCACGGCGAGCCCUCGGGAAUCUUCAAGGAACCCCACGAUGAAGCCAUCUACGUCGGCCUGACGGGCCUCGCCGGAGACGAACACGUCUACGCUCCGCACGGAGGCGUCGAGCGUGCGGUCAUGCAAUACGAUGCGGACCACUACGCCGACUGGCGCUGCGAAAGCUCGCCUUUUCCGGAUCUCUUCCAACUCGGAGACUUCGGGGAGAACCUCGUGGCUACGGGGAUGACGGAGGCGAAUGUGUGUGUUGGCGAUCUGUACCGCGUUGGCAAAGAGGUUGUUCUGCAAGUCAGCGAGCCCCGGGACCCAUGCUACAAGCUCAACAAACGCUUUCAAUGGCCGAGGGCGCUGAAGCGGAUCACUCGCACUGGACGGGUGGGCUGGUUGAUGCGCGUGUUGCAAACUGGGUACAUCCGAAAGGGCGAUGAGAUGGUGCUUCUGGAACGUCCGCAUCCGCAGUGGUCGUUGCUGAAUGUGAAGCGAGUGGUGCAGGGGAAGUCGGUGCCGCUGGAACUCGUGCAGGAACUCAUGGAGCUGGAUGUCCUGACGGAGACGGUGCGAGGAUAUGCGGCAAAGAGGAUGUUGACGGCGACGAAGAGGUACAGGCUGGUGAGCGCCGAGAACGUCACUUCGCGAGUGAAGCACCUGACGUUUGAACUCGACGAGCACAACCUCGUCAUUCACAAGCCUACGUUCCCUGCAUACAGCUUUGCUAAAAUCGACUUUGGCCCGGACUUCAGCAUCUCACGUUCUUACUCCAUCGUUUCUGGCGACAUGAACCGAUUCACCCUCGGUGUCGCCCUCGACGAUAACACCCGAGGCGGCUCAAGCUACAUCCACAGCAAAUUGGCCCUCGGCGACGAAAUCCGCAUGACACCAGGCAGCGACCCAGCCGGCAUCGAAGCCGAAGAGAAAUGCACGCCCGACGCCAUCGACAACCGCAUCAUAAUCAUAGGCGGCAUAGGCGUGACGGCGUUCCUGCCGUCCAUCGACCUCUGCGAAGCGCAAAACCUACCCUAUGAAGUGCACUACGCCGUUCGCAGUCCUGAAGACGCGGCAUUCGUCGAUCGCAUCCCGUCUUCUCGCCUGAAACUUUACGCUAAAACGCAACAGAAGCGCCUGGACGUGCAGGAGUUGAUCCCGCCUCCAAGCGAGUCGGAUGGGAGAUUCACGACGCGCAUCUUCACCUGUGGACCUAACAGACUCAUGGAUACCGUUCGAGAACAUGCAGCGAGGCUAGGCUAUCCCCCGCACCUCCUGCAUUUCGAGAGUUUCGAAGGCGCUGGGAAGGCAGCGAAGGACUCGAAGCCUUUCAACGUUACGGUGCACGAUGAAGAGGCUGGACGGAGCGUGCAGCUGCGAGUUGAAGCGGACAAGACGCUAUUACGCACGCUGAGAGAUGCCGGAUUUGAUAUGACAUAUCUCUGUGAACGGGGUGGGUGUGGAGCGUGCAAGGUUGCGGUGGCCAAGGGCGAGGUGUGUCAUAAUGGCAUGGGGUUGUUGGAGAAGGAGAGGGGGGAUUACAUGCUUAGUUGUGUGGAUCGGGCGGUGACGGAUAUUGAGAUCUUGUAUGAUUGAUUGGGGAGCGAGGAUGAGGAUAUAUCAGCGGUGUUCAUUCCAUAGAGGAGAUGUAGUUCUCGAUGUAGCCGAAGCCGUGAAGUGAAUGGUGGAAGGCUGCAGCCAAUCACAGCGAAUCAAACUCCGCCCGACAAUCGUCAUGCAGGAAGCUUUACGACG